AUGACGGCAGCAGAGAUAAAUAAGAGAUCUUUCCUGGAACUUGAGGACUCUCAAGGAAACCUCGUACCAAGAAAACACAUCUGCUUGACUGACGAGCAGGAGGAAGCUGUUGCUAAUGAAAUCCCCUUGGAACCAGCGGGACUUUUGGAUUCGGAGAACUACGCAAAGUGGCAAGAUACGAUUAGUAAAGUGGUCCAAGCCGUCGUAUCCAUUCAUUUCUCACAAGUAGCGCCCUUUGAUUGUGAUCCGCCACUCGUGUCAGAAGCUACUGGCUUUGUAGUCGAUUCCGAACUUGGUAUUAUUCUAACAAACAGACAUGUGGUAGGCGCCGGCCCAUUUGUGGGUUACGUUGUCUUUGAUAAUCAUGAAGAAUGCGACGUGAUACCGAUAUACAGAGAUCCUGUUCACGAUUUUGGGUUUUUGAAGUUUGAUCCUAGCAAGAUCAAGUACAUGAACAUACAUGCUUUGAAGCUAAUGCCAUCUUUAGCGAAAGUUGGUUCGGAAAUCAGGGUAGUCGGUAACGAUGCCGGAGAGAAGCUGAGUAUUUUGGCUGGGUUCAUCAGCAGAGUUGAUAGAAAUGCGCCUGAUUACGGAGAACUCACUUAUAAUGACUUCAAUACAGAAUAUAUACAGGCAGCGGCUGCAGCAUCGGGCGGUUCAAGCGGUUCGCCAGUGGUGAAUAUUGAAGGAGACGCUGUGGCUCUACAGGCUGGUGGUUCCACCGAAGCUUCGACAGACUUCUUCUUGCCGCUUGACAGAGUUCUAAGAGCUUUGAAAAACAUUCAAAGUGGCAAACCUAUUUCUCGAGGGACAAUUCAAACUCAAUUCUUGCUGAAGCCCUUUGAUGAAUGUAAAAGAUUGGGCCUGACGUCCGAACGGGAAGCAGAAGCUAGGAGGAACUUCCCUGGCAAGAUCGGUCUGCUUGUGGCAGAGACUGUUCUAAGAGAAGGGCCCGCUGAUGGCAAAUUAAAAGAGGGUGAUACUCUCAUAUCGAUUAAUGGGAUACAUAUUUCAUCUUUCAUACAGGUCGAUGAUAUUCUGGAUGAACAUGUUGGUCAGACGAUCGAAAUUCUUGUACAACGCGGAGGCGUCGAUCAUCUGUGGAAAUGCGAAGUUGGAGAUCUGCAUCAAAUUACACCUUCUCGUUAUGUGGAGGUUUGUGGAGCAACUUUCAACGAGUUGUCUUAUCAAAUGGCAAGAUUCUAUGCUUUGCCAGUGAAAGGUGUCUUUUUGAGUAGCGCAUCCGGCUCUUUCAAUUUCGAUGCCAAGGAGAAGAUCGGCUGGAUAGUGGAUUUUAUUGACAACAAAGCAACUCCUGACUUGAACACAUUCAUUGAAGUUAUGAAGACUAUUCCAGAUCGUAAGCGUGUGACGGUAAAAUAUCAUCAUUUAACAGACCAACAUUCACCUCACGUAGCAUCGGUUUAUGUGGACCGCCACUGGUGUAAUGAGUUCCGCAUUUAUGAGAGAAACGAUGAAACGGGUAUUUGGGAUUAUAGAAACGUUGCAGAUCCGAUACCAGCAGAGGAAAUAACCCCACAAUCUGCAAAAUUUAUAGACAUCCCUGUGGAAAACUCUAACAUUGCGAAACUUUCUCGCUCGUUAUGCAUGGUUUCCACGGUCUGUGCCAUUCCUUUGGACUCGAUGGCUGCCGAGACUCAAAAAACAUCAGGCUUGAUUUUGGAUUCUGAGAGGGGCUAUGUUAUUGUCUCUCGGAGAGUUGUACCCCAUGACUGUCUUGAUGCAUUUGUGACUAUCGCAGACUCUGUUGUGAUCCCUGCUAAUGUUGUAUUCCUUCAUCCAACGCAGAAUUAUGCUAUUUUGCAAUAUGACCCAUCAUUAAUUCAGGCUGCAGUGAUUACUCCGAAACUUUCAAAUAAAAGAUUGAAACGAGGUGAUAAGGCACAGUUCGUUGGUAUAACCCACAAUAAUAGGCUGGUGACUUCUGAAACAAACGUCACUGAUAUCUCUUCAGUAAGCAUUCCUAGCAAUCUCAUCCCUCGUUAUCGGGCAACAAAUUUGGAGGCUAUCUCAAUCGACUGCAACGUAAGCACCAAGUGUAACUCUGGUAUACUUGCAGAUAACGACGGUACCGUGAGGGCCUUAUGGUUAUCCUUCAUGGGUGAAAGACAAGAUAGCAAAGAGAAAAUAUAUCUCAUGGGGCUAGAUAUUAAUGAAUGUCUAGACGUAAUUGAGAUUUUAAAACAGGGAAAAACCCCUAAAGUCAGCAUAGUGGAUGCUGGGUUUGGUUCUAUCUCUAUCCUGCAGGCUAGAAUCCGUGGCGUACCACAAGAAUGGAUUGAACGUAUGGAAAAUGAAUCGGAUAACAGACUUCAGUUCAUUACAGUUACCAGAGUUUCGUGUACUACUGAAGAAGUAAAACUUGAAACGGGCGAUAUUAUUUUAUCCGUCAAUGGUAAAUUAGUUAUCAGUAUGAGUGAUUUGGACGGUGUCGUCACUGCGAGCGACGAUGAGAGGAAACCUCAAACUAUGAAGUUCAAAAUUGUGCGAGAAGGACGAGUCCUCGAUCUAGAUAUAAGCCUGAGCGAGGUUCAAGAAACCGAUCAGGUUGCCAUCUUUGCUGGUAGUAUAAUUCAGAAACCACAUCAUGCAGUUCGCCAAGCUAUGGUCAACCUUCCAAGUGAGGUGUAUUGCAUAUUCAGAGGCGAAUCUUCACCAGCGGUUCAGUAUGGUAUCUCGGCAACGAACUUCAUCACGCAUGUAAACGAGAUGGAAACGCCCGAUGUGGAUACUUUCCUGGCUGUGGUUAAAGCCAUUCCAGAUAACACUUACUGCAAGAUGAGGCUCGUCACCUUCGACAACGUCCCGUUCGCCAUUUCUUUAAAGACGAACUACCAUUAUUUCCCAACGGCAGAAUUGAAGAAAGAUACAAAUACAAAUAAAUGGAUUGAACGGGAAUAUAGCAAGAGUGAAGCGAAGUGA